CCCCCAAAUAACUCAAGGCUGAAACUGAGCAGGCUCUACCUACAGAGCCCCAAGCCGAGGAGCCUCCUGCCACUGCUGCUGCACCUACUGCUGGGCUGGACCUUGGGCUAGAGAUGGAGGAGCCAAAGGAGGAGGCUGUGAUCCCUCCCGCAACGGAUACUGGCGAGACUGUGGAAACUGCAGUGCCAACUGAGCGUGCCCCAGUGGAGGAAGCAGAGGCAGAGAAGGCAGCACUCCCUGCUGGAGAAGGAGAAAGUCCAGAGGGAGCCAAAAUUGACAGUGAAAGCAAGGAGCUUACAGUCAGUGAGAGCCCUCAACCAGCGGAGCCUGAAGCGGGUGCUCCUCAGGUCAUCCCUUCUGUUGUCAUUGAGCCAGCCUCCAACCAUGAAGGGGAAGGAGAACACCAAGAAACUGCUACGGGUACUGAACCGAGGGAGGCAGCUGAGGAUGUGGCUGCCCAGGGCUCAGCGGGUGAGAAGCAGGAAGUGGCUACAGAGCCCACGCCUCUGGAUUCUCAGGCUGCUAUGCCUGCAUCUGCAGGUGCUGUGGAUGCCUCACUGUCUGCAGGGGAUGCCACUCAGGAACUGCCUCCUGGCUUUCUCUACAAGGUGGAAACCCUGCAUGAUUUCGAGGCAGCGAACUCUGAUGAACUUACCCUACAAAGGGGUGACGUGGUACUCGUGGUGCCUUCAGACUCAGAAGCCGACCAGGAUGCAGGCUGGUUGGUGGGGGUGAAGGAGUCAGACUGGCUUCAGUACAGAGACCUGGCCACAUACAAAGGCCUCUUUCCAGAGAACUUCACACGGCGCCUGGAGUAGGGCUGCGGAGGCUGCAAAUGGGUCACGUGACUGGGUUCUUACCCCUUCACGGAAUGCAGAGGAGUUCACUUUUGCUACUACACUCUUAAUGAUUGACAGACUGGUGCCAGAUGAGGCUUGGGAAAACUGAUCAAUACAGCAUGUAUGCAAAAACUAUCAGAAGAGGGGAAAUAGCAAAUUAAGGAGAGAGUCCUUACUCUGUUUCCUGUGUUCAUAGCGGUCUGUCUGUGCUUUGUCUAACGGUGAACACUGGUACUUGAUUCUCCUCCCACCAAGUCUAAAGUAGCCUUCUCCAGACCAGACUUUGACUUCUUUGCAUCAAGUGUGUGGUGUCGAGUGGUUGCCCUGCAGAUGUGAUGAGUUAUCUUGUAGUGAGACAUCAUCUUACUCCCUUGCCCGAUUUGUGAGCUCCUGCUCUCUUUCCCUUUCAAGUUUACUGCGUUUAAAACUGAACAGCUGCAAACGUUCUUGACAGUCUUUUCCAAUCACCUCUAUAUACAUAUGUACGGACACACAGUCGCACAAGCUAGUUCCCAUGCCUGCUGGACCUAUGUGUAUGCAGAUGGCUACAUAUACAUAGCUGAUCCCUUCCCUUUCCACUGUAGCUCUUCUCUUCUAAGUGUCAUUGAUACACGCAUUGCUCUUAUUUGUCGGCAUUACAGCUGCAGUUUUGCCUUGGGGCAAAACCACUCAUCCCAUUGCCAAAACAGUUGACAGUGUCUGUGUGUGUUGUGUGCAGUUUUCAGGAUGAUAUAACAGAUAGUGGCGUCCACGCUGCUGCCCCUUUGGAAAGAGCAGGGCCUGGUUAUGUAGCUGCCCAGCUGCUCAGUCCAGAUAAAUACAUGGACCAGCAACUAUGCAGUCAUCAUUCCUGCCUUUACAUGAUUGGCUGGACGAGGGGGCAAAAGAACCUAUUUAUAAAAGCUCCUAUAUACUUCCACGUUCUAUUUAUGCAACUCAUCUUCACAGAUCAUUCUAAAAUGAACAAGGUGAUGUAUGCUGUAUCAGAAACCAUCUGUAACAGUUGUGUUCUCAGUGCUGUGUCAUUCCAAAUAAACCUUUGGUAAUCUCCAA